AUGUUUCCCGAGUGCGAUGCAAAAGGUCUUCAGCCUUGGUCGAAUCUCGUCUCCCUUGGCGGAGCACACGGGUUGGGCUUGAACAUUUCUUGCGAGGAGUGUGAUACGCUCUAUACCUUGAUGGACAAGUAUGGGUGCGACGAGAGCCUGUACGAAUGUCUGCGUUCCCAGAUAACGUUCAUGGCGAGAGAGAAGGAAUGGGAGAUGUUCAUUAUGGCUUCGCAUGGGAACGACAGGAUUUUGGGGAAGCGCGCUUUGGACAAAAUGGAUGACAAAACUUUCUUGGAGGAAGGUUUUAGCAAAAGAAUCAGACGUCUCAGUGAUACUUGGGCAUUGGCUGUCUAUCAGGCGCUUUACACUAAAGACCCAAACUUGAGUCCCGAGACUAUCUGCCCUGGGAGUAACGAGUGGACAAGUGGGAAGUGGCGAACAGAACUUUCUCGUGCUGUAGAUGUGGCAGCCUCUGAUUUCAUCAAUCUAUAUCAUUGGAGAAAGGAUCUCCUGGCUACUUUGUUUGCAAAAGAUUGA